AUGAUAUUUUGUCUUUCUUUGAAUUGUAGUUGUAGUAAUAGUAGCAGUAGUAGCGGUAGUAGUAGUAGUAGUAGUAGUAGUAGUAGUAGUAGUAGUAGUAGUAGUAGUAGUAGUAGUAGUAGUAGUAGUAGUAGUAGUAGUAGUAGUAGUAGUAGUAGUAGUAGUAGUAGUAGUAGUAGUAGUAGUAGUAGUAGUGUUGUUGUUGUUGUUGUUGUUGCUGUUGUUGUUGU